AUGAUUCUCUUUGCGAUUUCUGUAUUACUGAUUUUUGAAACAGCUUCAAGUCAGUUCAAUAUAACAAAAAUCGGAUAUAAACAAACAGUAAAAGGAAAAACAAAUGGUGAUCUAAUUCCACUUUUGUAUGAAAUGAUACCUAUUAAUGACACCAGACCAUUUGGAGUUAUCAUUAUUCUUUCGAACGAAGAACGCCCGAUCGACGAUCCGAUUUCGUUGACCGCAAUGAGAGGUGCUUCUGUACUGACAACAAGUCUUCCAAGAACACAAACAUACGAAGGAAUUUCAACUCGGUUUCCUGAAAUGAGUGAAAUGUUGUGCGAAGAGAGAAACUUAAAAGAUGAGACUUUCACAAUGACAGAUGAAACUGUUCGAAUUGCGGUUUCUAGCAGUGUUCCUGCACAGUUCAUGUUAUUAGUAGAGCCUGACUUUGGCUACGUGUUGAGAAUAGGCCACCCAGUAAAAAAAUACGUGUUACCUAUAGCUCCCUACUUUUCGCGAUUUUCUUUUCCACGUGGUUUGGAUACAGUUGCCAUUCGAGUCAGAUCAAUUGACGAUCAUUGCGGAAGAGUUACUAUUCAAAAAGCGGAUUGUCCAGUAUUUGAUACCGAAGGUCAAGUCGUCCUUUACAACAAGUAUGAACACCAAACCAUUACUAGGAAAGGUUAUAUCAUAGUUUCGAGGACCGAUUUCGGUGACCAUAUUCAUAUUAUAACAUCAGUGCUGCCUGUGGAAAAACCUUGUCGAUCGAAGAAUGGACCACCGAUUGCUAAAAAUGCGACUGCAUGGAAACACAUGGAACUGAAAGUGAUACCAUUCCAGCCAAACAAGACAUCAAUCUAUAUGCUUUUGGAGUUGUUUGUCGUGUUGCUAGGUGUUGCUGCUGGAUUAGGUGAGCCAGAGAACAAUGCAAUUUUGCUUUACGACGAAAACAAUGAAAACGACGAGGAUAGCAUUUUGAAUGGAACCACACACUUUUGGACCUACACACUAUCCCAAAUCUAUACAGUAAUCCCUCUUGCCGUUGUUCUUGUUUCGCUAAGAGAUUCAGAAUUUUUGUUGUCCUCUGACACGGAUAUGUACACAUUGGCAAUGUUAAUGACAAUCGUGGAAGCCAAACUCUUACUUUUCGGAAAACGCAAUGGUAGGAACAUCAAGCAUUACAGAAUUAUCGGAUGCCUCACAAUGAUGCUAAUGACACUUCAUGCAUUGGAGAAGAACAUUGAACCUAACUUCUGGAGCUACGUCUGGCAUGUAGGAAUUCUGUGUGUGGAGGCUCUUUACGUUUUCUACUUUUCUCAUGCUCAUGGAGUCACUGAAGAUGAAAUUAGAAAUGUUGAAAUUGUUGAAAUGCACCAGUCAAGCUCUAAUCAACUAGAACCAGUGAAUAAUGAAUACACACCUGUUACUCAAAACGCUCCAGCUGUGGUAAUUCCGGCAAUUGAAUCAGAACAAGAUUCGGUGAUACUGAAUUGUAAUGUUGCUGGUUCAAGCUCACAGAACGUUGUCGAAGUGGAAGUAGAAACCGAGCAAAAUGCAGAAAUUGAAAGAAAUGGUAGCAGACAGAAUUUGGUCCCUGUAGAUGAAAUAGAAGAUCCUGAAGUACGUAGAAAUCUAACAAAGCAUUUCAAGAAGGCCUAUUUGAUUUCUGGAUUGAUCAACAUUCUUUUCUGGGUCAUCUUCUUCUGGUACGAUUCUUCUGUAAUCAUUCUACGAGUGGUCCAAACGGACUUUGCAAUCUACUUCUUGUUAUACUACUUGAACAAAAUCUCUUACGAAAAGGUAUUCAAAAGAUCCUUCUACGGGUUGACGGUUCUUUUUGCUUUAUUCAUCAUCGCUUGGGGAAUAAUCAGUGCAUAUUAUCUGCCAGCAUUUGUUCCUUGGUCCCCUGCAGAAUCUCGCACGUUGAAUAAAACCUGUUUCUCCGUAAAUCACUACUGCCUUGGUAUGGAUUGGCACGAUAUACUUCAUUUUGUGACUGCUGCAAUUUGUUUCUUCUUCAUGAAACCGCUUUUGGUCUUCCUAUUUUUCGUAGUUCCAUCAUGUUUGGCUCAAAAGGGUCUAACGAUCAUACAAUUUGACACUUUCUACCGUAAUCUGACAACAAACGGUAAUCUGGACAGAAAUCUGUAUGAAGUUCAGACCCCCGCAAAUGAUUCAAGGCCGUAUGCAGUUCGUGCAGUUUUAGUUUCCAAAGACAAAUCUCUCUCCAAUGAUACUGUAUUGGUAUCCGUGUCUAGCAGUGUUCCAGCCCGUUAUGAUUUGAAAAUCAAACAGGUUCAUGGAUUUGUUAUCAAUAUGACGCCAAUCUCAGUUGCCUUGUCACCAUCCGAACCAGUUUUUUAUCGGUUUUCGUUUCCCGAGUUUGUUGAUGAGGUUGCUAUUCGAGUUUCUUCUUCGGACCAGUUGUGCGGAAGAGUGACGGUGCAGAAAGCGGAUUGUCCCGUCUUCGAUACCGAAGGACAAGUCGUGCUGUAUGAUUCAUACGAUCAUCAGACUUUCACGAAAAAGUCAUUUAUAACAGUCAACAGACAAGACUUUGGAGAGGAUAUUCAUAUCAUUUUUUCUGUUCUUCCAAUAGGUGGCCCUUGUAGAACAAAUCAUUGUUAUGAUGAUGAGAAUGCUGAUGACUAUGAUAUUGAGGAGAUACAAUUUCGAAUCAAAAACGUUACUGCUCAAAUUAGGCCAUUUCGACCAAAUCGACCCUCACUCCUCUUCAUUUUGUUUAUUCUUAUCAUCUUAUUUGGGUUUGGAACUUGGAUAGCCUGGUAUUUAUACAUCAAGGACAACAACUACAAUGGAGAUGACAGGAAUGCUGAUAACAGUUUGUGGAAUACAUCACUUUCUCGAAUGUUCUCUAUCCUUCCAACUGCACUCAUCGUCGUUGUUAAGCACUAUGAUUCUCAUCUUGCCAAAGACACGGACAUGUGCAAUUUCAAUUUUGAGUGUGCUGUUCCAUGGGGCCCGUUUAGAGCUGCCAACAACAUGCUCAGUGCAUCGAGUAUUUUUUUUGUCUCUUGGAUUAUGAUUGCUUUCUCGCUAAAAGGAAAUUAUUGGCGACGUUUCCUGCCCCUCAAUACAUGUGUCAUGUUAACGGGAAUUUUCUGGACAGUGAUGAACUAUUGUCCACAAAAGCAUUCGUUCCAUCUUUUUACAAUCACAAUGGUCAUUACUGUUUUGGAAGCCAAGUUUGUACUAUUCUCCAUAAGAAACGGACGGAGUCCUUACCAUUACCACUUCAUCAGCGGUUUAACAAUGCUCCUGAUGUUUGGAAUAGUCGUCGAUACGACUUGGGAGAACACGUGGGUGCACAGAGUUUCAGUGAUUUUGGUGAUCGCAAUUCUUCUUAUCUAUUCUUGCAUAUUCUCUUUCUUCCAUGGGCAUGUUUACUUGAGAAAAGUAGUCGAUGGUGAUGUGCAUCCUAUAAUACCACAGGAAAACGGUCAACAAGGUCAAAUUCCACGCGCUGACCAGCAAUAUCAACCAGCAGGAGAAGUAGUUGAUGAUCAGCAAACGGUCGAUGCUGUUAUUGUUGGAAGAGAUGGUGCUGAUCCUGUAGGAGCAAGUAAUGAAACAGGAGAGGAGCCGAAUCUAAACGGAGCUGAAAGUCAACAGUCUUUAAUUGACUGA